GCUCCCGAUGGGCAGGGGCUCAGUCCCCCUCCCCCAGGGACAGGUACCUGAUGCCAUGGUCUUCUCCUGCCACCAUUUUCCCCGGCGCUCGGCUGCGGUGUGCUGCAGGUGGUCCCAGCAGGGCAGGAGCACAGUUUACCUAGAUAACUUAAGUGACCAAACCCAUCCUUCUACAAGCAAAGGUAUCAGCCUCUUCUUUGACCUGAAAUGGAAUUUUCCUUUUGGCCAGCAACGCAAAAACCUCCCGUUCACUCCUUACCCUGCUACUUACUACCCCUGGAUCUUCGCUGGAGAGCCCCCAUUGCUGCUGCUGAAGCCCUCAGCCUGGCCUCACUGGAAAAGCCUGGUCAGAAGUACAGAAGCAAUUUCCCAGGGGUCUCAGCCUGUGCUGGCUGGGGGUCUCUGCCUGUGCCGGCUCUCCAGAGUCUCUGCUCCCUUUGCAAACCUGGUGUAGCCAUGCCAGCUGGGCAGCCUCUGCAGAGCACCAGCCAGCCACGCUUCCCUCCCCAGGGCACAAAACCAGGAGGCAGGGCGACUGUCCGGGCAGUCUUUGUCUGGUGGAUGUAGCUGCUGCAGACACUGUCGGUCUCCAGGGCUGUCAUCCAGCAGCACCCCUCCCUGCAACAAUAUCCCCUUUCCUAACUCCAGCAUGUCUGAUGUGAUUUCUCCUGUCCUUCUUCUAUCGGUUCCUGGGUACAAAAGACCCAAAACAAACCAUUUCCCUGGCAUGCUCAUCACCACUACGUCUGAGCCUCAAAUUCUGCCGGGACCAAAAAUGCAAACUCUCUGCCCCAACCUGGAUUUAUGCAGCCAUGUCCCUGCACCGGACUGCUCCAGCCACCUGCAACCACCGUCCCCCCGGCUGUGUUUGCUCAGCUGGGGACGAAGGGCGCAGGCAUGCAACCGGCACCCAGCAAGAGAUCCAGCACGGCGGCUGCAAGGGCAGAGCAGCGCAAGCAGCUGUACUGACCUGCUCCUCCACACGUGCCUGUGUGGGGCCCCUUGCUCUGCUCCCCAGCACCGCUUUCCUCCUGGAGAACUCUUGGCCACAAAGCUCCAGCCUCUCCAAGCCAGGUCCCCCAAGGGAACGCUGCCGGCGCCGGGACACGGCGCGCUCCCGUGCGUGUGCACAGGUCUGCGUACGUGUUUGCAAGGCGGGCGAGCGUGCCCAGCGCCACCACUCCCUCGCACAAGAAAAGGAAUUUCUUCCAAGAGCAGCUUAUCAUCUUGGGAACCUCCGCUUCCCAGCAGAGAGGUCAAUGAGUUACCCAGAGUUAAGCUGUAAACAGCCCGGCACGCUGGCAGGCUGCUGGCUCCCAAGGGGAAGCAUGAAUGCCCAGGCACCACCUUCGCCUGGGCCCUGCGGUCAAGGGCAGCAAGGCUGCCCAUGGGCACGGUGUCAGGGAGCAGCUCAGGGCUCUGCUCAACCUGAGCGUGACUGCAGUGGCCGCAGCUCCUUCCCGUUGCAAGCAGCUGCUGCUUUGCAUGAGCAGCCUCUCUCGGACUCACCUGUCCCCUGCGCUCAGCCCUGGUGCUGUGUCCUUGGGGCUCACGACCUUCCGUCCUCACGGUACACCGACUGCCUCUGCUACAGCAAAGCCCCAGGGAGAGGCUUUACCUGCCCCACCGCACGGGCAUCCCGGGGAGGUGGCAGAGGCUCAGCUCUGAAACACCCUCCUUCUCUGACAGAAUGCAAAUACAGACACACAGAACAAGAGAUCUGUGGACCCAGCAGUAUUUGUGCACCCUGGCUAAACUCUGCAAACAGGGCAAGCAGAGAAAAACACAGUGAUCUUUUUUGGGGGUUUUUUUGGUUGUUUUUUUAA